AUGCCCGCUCAGAAGCGUUCCUUCCCCGAUUCUCCUGACGAUCACGACCGCCACACCAAACACCACAACCACCAAGAAAAUUCUGAACAAGAAGAAGAAGCACAACAACAACAAAUGGAUAAUAACGAAUCAAAUGGUUCAGCUCGUGUCGUUCGAGCUACGACGCCUUCGGUUUCCGAAUUCCUCCGAUUUGAUUCGUAA